AUGGCCGAUGACGACUUCCCUCUACGGGAGAUGAUUCCUCCAUGGGGCUCGCUACCUAUUGAACAAUUUCUGAUUAAAAACUGGAAUCAUUCCUCGACCGACGCAGCCAGUCAGCAGCGGCAGAAACUAAUCCAAAAUUUUCUCGAACUGGACGAGAUCGCUGAAGCAGACUUUUCUUUGGAUGAGAACCCUCCGCGAGUUCCAACGCCAGAGGAGAUUGAUACCAUUCUCCUACCAUGGCGAUCCGACGAUGACCUUCGUCGGAAGGCAUACUAUAUGUCCAAAGACAAUGUGGUUGUUUUUCUUCGGACCUAUUAUAACCCAGGCGAUGAUGGCAAAAUGAACGAAUGGGUCCAUGAAACCGAUCUGUUCGAAGAUAACCCCUGUUGGGUAUGUCUUAACAACCCUUACCUAUUCGAUCUCGGCUCAGACUGGCAGCGGGUGUACGAAAUCAUGCCCGAGGCCGCUGGACCCGUUGCUUACACGCAACGACCCGCUGGUUCAAGCGGACUAAGGUUCAAAAAGACUUUACACAGGACGAAACAGAACAGCCCCCAUAAGUGGAGAGAGGACCGGGUGACUGAAGUCUCAGGGGGUCCUCUCCAAAAUAUCACCAUAGCGACCUACAUUGUCAUUGCGGAUCAGGAGGCUUUUCAGACUGGACGGUUACGCUUGCUUUGUUUAGACGAUCAGCGAAACAUUGUCCGAGAGGUUCGCGUUGAUCGGAAUCGACAUCAGAUCACAGACUUUAUCUUGCACUGGGAUCCAUUCCUUCAACCAUGA